AUGUCCGAUGAACAAUUCUUUCGUGAGAUAAGAGAAACCAUGAUCGACGAUACACGCAAAAUGUUGGAAAAUGCUGGUGUAAACAAAGACAAGAAAGGACCAGCGAAGGAAAACAACAAGUCGAAGGCAGGUAAGAAGUCGAAGGACAACCGAGACUUGUUGGAAAUCGACCUCAAGCAGAAUCCGUCCACUUCACAAGAGUCGAAAACGCUCCCCAAUCUUUUAGACAUGGGGAGGGUGGAUGUAACCGAGCCAGUUGCUUCUUCGUCGGGCCUACCCGAAAGGAGAUCGGGUAAGGUCACCUUUGGAAAUGUUGACGAAUCGGUCAACAAAUCUACGAAGGAGAAAGUAAUACGGAACGCGAUCAGUAAAACGGAAUCGGAAGAAGAUGAACCACCGCUUGGACUUCCCGAGCUAAGAAACCAUAAGGUAGUUCAAGAAAAGCCAAACAAAAAACAAGAAACUAAGAAGAGUCUGAAGGAUGCUAAUAAACAUCCCGAUUCGAGAAAGGGUAACACCAAACCGAUUAAAGAUGAUGUAGCUGACGAUCGGAUUUUACGGUUGUCGAAAAGGAUCAAUCAACUCAAGGAUGAUAUUCGAGAUAUUAAAAAGACGAGCAAAGAGUAUAUUGGAAAGCGCAAACAUGAUCCAAGCACAAGUAGGCACGAACUCACCACCGCUAGUACAUCGAAGAAUCCGCCAGAAAAGAAGGAAAAAAUGAUGGAUAAAAAGGCCAAACCAGCAAGAUCAGCAUCGGAAACUGCUGGAAAGAAGGAGUCGAAACAUAAGGACAAAUCACCGUCUGUGUCAACUCCGCAAAAAGUGGCGGCACACGAAGCGUUGGAAAGCGAUGAGUUACCACCGGAACAUAAACUGCUGGUACAGUUGUUUUUGCUCAGUUCCAGCCAGCGGAGAAAGUUUAUUGAAAGGCAGGGAAUGGAGCUUGGUCUACUUGAUCCCCAUCCCUACAAGAAACAUGUUGUUCUGGUCAACAAAACCAUUCUGCCCGUUGCAGAACAUCUAGCUUUGGAUGCGAAACGAUUUCUUGCCGAAAGGAAUGGAACCGCUGGACUGGUGGAAUCUUCCAUUGAACGUUCGGAACGCCAUACUCAAACUGCAAGCAGCAGCAAGCAGAAACGUGAUGGUAGGGGAACGUAUGAGGAUCAGAUAAACUUUAUGUUGAACGAUCGGAACACGAAGGAUAAAUCUGAUUUUGAGAUCGUGCCCGAAGAAGUACGGGACAAGGCUAACGAAAUCGUGCAGGAACGUUUAGAUGCGUUUGUGGAGCGUUUGGUAGCGAAAAAUGUCGGGUACUUGGUCGAGGGAAUGUUGCGCAUCAACGCUCGCAGCAAUAUGCAAUCGUUUGUGGAUGAUGCCUCACGCACCGGGAAUGUUUACAUUAAUUCCAUCCUACUGCGGCGAUGCGCCAUGGAAGGUGAUUUGGUACAGGUGUUUGUAAAAAAUCAGCCGCCAGAUUCGGAUGAAGAAUCGGAGGAUAACUCGGAUUGUGAGAAUAAAUCAGUGGAAGAGACCGUAAAACCUGCCGUACAAGCGACGGAUAACAAUGCAGGAUUCGUAGUGCGUAUCCUGGAGAAACGACACAAUCGUCAGUGCGUUGGGAAGUUCCUUCCGGCUACUCAGGGUAAGAAGCACUAUCGGACGUUUGCACCAAGAGAUAUGCGCAUACCACCAGUGCGUGUGUUCAGGCAGGAUUGGCCAAACGCGCUUCUAGAGGUAAAACCAACGAAACCGAGAGAUGACGAUCGAAAGGUACCGCAAAAGAACGAGCUGGAUGUGACAGAAGUUUUAUACCAAGCCGAAAUCAUCGAGUGGCAGGAUGAGGUACCGAUCGGUACGAUAUUGAAAUCGAUCGGCAAGUGUGGUGUACUUGAGGUCGAAAACGAAUCCAUUCUGGUCGAGCACAACCUCGAUGUGACGCCUUAUGGGGAAGAUAUUUUGGCCCAGCUUCCGGCAGUACCCUACACCAUACCGGAGGAGGAGUUGGCCCGCCGUGAAGACCUCCGCGGCGAGUGCAUAUUCACGAUCGAUCCGGCAACGGCACGUGAUCUGGAUGAUGCACUAAGCUGCAAGCAGCUUGCAAACGGUAAUUACCAAAUAGGCGUACACAUAUCGGACGUGACGUACUUUUUGCGCGAAAGUUCCCCGUUGGAUGAGUUGGUGAAACUUCGGGCCACCUCAAUUUACAUGGUGGAUACGGUAUACCACAUGCUACCAAAGCAACUGUGCAACACUUGCUCUUUACUGCCCGGUGAAGACAAGCUGGCAUUUUCGGUGUUUUGGGAAAUGCAACCCGACGGGACCAUGCUAAGUACACGCUUUGCACGCACCGUAAUAAAUUCCUGCUCGCAGCUAUCCUACGAGCAUGCGCAGCUCAUGUUGGACAGCCCGAACGGUAAACUGGAUGACGACCAGUUUCCUGAAAUAUUGCACGGAUAUACGGUAAAGACGCUAUGUAAAAUCGUCAAUACUCUACAAUCGAUCGCGGUGAAAUUGCGCCAGCGUAGGAUGGAUGAUGGCUGCCUAAAGAUUAAUCAGCCGAAGUUAACGUUCCGUCUUGAUCCUGCCACUGGUCGACCGACCGCGUAUGGUGCGUACCAAAUCCGGCCGAGUAAUGAGAUGAUCGAAGAUUUUAUGCUUCUUGCAAACACGUCCGUUGCGAAUGCCAUCCAUAAGGCAUUCCCAGCGAUAUCUCUGCUUCGCUCGCACAGUCCACCGGCAGAGAACAUGAUGAAGAAUCUGGCUCGGACGCUGUCCCUCCAUGGGUACGCGCUAUCCUACGCAGGCCCAAAAGACAUACGCGAGUGCAUGGAAACGAUCAUUGCUUCGUCCACGAAUCCGGACGCGACCCGAGCCGUGUUGAGCGUGUUGCUUGCCAAACCGAUGAUCCGUGCACAGUACUACUGUUCAAUGUUUGCAACAACUCCCGAGCACUUUAUGCACUACGCAUUGGCUAUACCGAUGUACACCCACUUCACUAGCCCAAUUCGACGAUAUGCAGAUUGUCUGGUGCAUCGUGUACUUGCCGCUAUGCUGGAAAUCGAUGAGCCACCGAGGCGUUCGCCCGAGGAACUACAGAGUCUGGCGAUGAUUUGCAACGAGAAGAAGUACAACGCCAAGUUGGCUGGUGAGGCCAGCUCUUUGCUCUACUUCCGACACUGGUUGGCUUCGGUGAAAGAAUACGAAACGGAUGCUGCUGUGAUGGGAUAUGCGGCUCAUUUUAUCGAGCUGGUAUUGAUUCAUUCCGGUAUCGUGCUGAAAGCUGCAACGAAGAAACUUUCCGCCGCUUCAACGAUCGUAUUUAAACCAAUCGAACCACUCGGAAGCUGUCUGCUGGUUCCAAAGGACAAAUCUAUACCAUCGGUUAAGUUGACCAUGUUCAGCAAGGUUCGAGUCACGGUGAAAGUCGUCAAGGAUGUGAUCACCGUGUGCUCCAUUCUUCCCAUACGACAGGAAGAAUCACAAACCCUCGAGAGAUCGAUUAAUACGUUAAGCGCGGAAAUGAAAUCCGCUCGUAUAUACUAA